AUGGAAGUACCAAGUUUUGCUAUCAGCAAAAAGGCAUCGGAAAGAUGUUUAGUUUCUUCGGCCCCAAAGGUUUUCUUUCAGAAGAGAUUCAAACAUAUAACUUCUCUGGACCAUGUUAGACUGGGAAAUGGCACUGCUGGGCAUAUAGCAUUCUUUUUACUGAAAGUUACAGCUCUAGAGAUUGUGCGAAGGUUCUCCAAGGCAAAGUGUCCAUUUUUAUGGAGUGGUCUUGGGGCACUCCAGCUUCUUUGCUAUCCACCAUUUAAGUGGAUCCAGAGGUGGUCCCUCUUCAGGGGUCUUGUGAAAGGCAUGCAGGCAUUGUCAAGACCAUUUCUUUUGCUCUCAAUUACAACAGCUUUGUCUGAACGAUUAGAGUAUAGAGAAACAUCAGAUCAUCUUGAUGGUUCUCAAGAAUGCACAGAACCAGAUUCAGAAGAGUCUAUUGUGGAUACAGGAAGCAACCUCCGGCGCAAGAGGUCCUCUGUGCCGUUACCUCUCUUCCCUGUCUCGGACGCGCAGCAGGAAGACGCCGUAAUGUUGGUGGUCUCUCAGUCGCCUUUCGCUAACAGGCCCCAACCAAUGGAAGUAGUUGCGCAAGGGGAGACUGUUGGAACGGUUGAGGACCAGCCAGGCAAGGAUCCUCUAUCCUGGAAAUUCAGAUGGACGAUUAAAAAUUUUGCUCGGUUGAAAGCCAUGAAGCACUACUACUCUGAUAUUUUCUCUACCGAGAGUUAUAAGUGGCGGGUGCUCAUUUAUGUACACAAAGACUAUUUGUCCAUGCAUCUAGAAGUUGCAGAUUUGGAGAAUCUGCGUUACAGAUGGAGUAGAUGGACUCAAUUCAGCUUUUCUGUGAUUAAUGAAUUAUAUAGCAACCGCACAGUUAGAUAUGAGACACAUCACCUAUUUCAAGCUCAACACACUAUGUGGGGCUUUCGGCUGUUCAAGAGUUGGAGUAAUAUAUGUGACAUUGAUUAUGGAUAUAUUAAGGAGGGCAUAUUUAAAGUUGAGAUUGAGGUUGCUGUCAAGGCUGUGGAUUAUUUCAAAUAUAACUCAAAAGUGGAAACAGGUUAUGUUGGACUGGAGUCCAUGUUGCCCCUUUACAUGAAUUCUCUCCUCCAGACUUUGUACCAUAUCCCCUUCUUUAGAAAGGUUGUGUACAGAAUACACAAGGAUAUGUCAUCAUGGAACAUCCCUCAGGCUAUGCAGUGCUUAUUCUAUAUGCUUCAGUACAGUAACAAUAGUGUUGAUUCGAGAACGGUGCUGUUCAAAUAUCCUGAAUUGGAUAUGGAUUGUGACACACAUCCUGAUGUACUGGAAAUUUUUAGGGAUCUUUGUCAAAAUCUGGAAGAUCAAAUGGAGGGAACUGCUGAAGCGGGUAGCAUUAAGCAGUUGUUUGUAGGGCGCCAAAUAAAUCGCAUUGAAUGCUUCAAUGUGAACCACACAAUUGAUGAUGAAGAGCACUUUUACGGUCUUCGGCUUGAUGUCAAAGGCUGUCAAGACGUCCAUGCUUCUUUUCAAAAGUAUUUACAAGUUGAAUGCCUUGAGGGUGAUAAGAUGUAUCAUAGUGAGCAAUAUGGAUUACAGGUUGCUAACAAGAGGUUCCUGUUCCUUGAAUUCCCUCCUGUCCUUCUGCUUCAGCUAAAACGGCUCAAGUAUGACUAUUUGGGGGAUCCUAUGGAGAAGAUAAAGGAUCAUUACGCAUAUCCUUUGGAGUUGGACCUUGAUCAGUAUUUGUCGCCUGAAGUAGAUCGGAGUGUUUCCAACAUUUAUGAACUUCAAAGUGUUUUGGUUUACAGUGACAGCGAGUCUACUGAAGAUUAUUACGCUAUUAUCAGGCCAACCCACUCUGAUGAAUGGUUCAAGUUUUAUGAUAACUGGGUAACAAAAAUAGAUGUGGAGAGGGCCUUGGAUGAGCAGUUUGGUGGCAGCAAGGUAAUGACUAAUCCUUGCUUCAACAACACUCCGUUGGAAUUGUCGAAUAGCUCCUAUGCCUGUAUGCUUGUGUAUAUACGUAAAAGUGACAAGGAGAAAAUAAUUUGUAAUGUGGAUGAGAAGGACAUAGCUGCGCACUAUAGGGUAAGGUUGAAGAAAGAGCUUAAAGAACGGGAAGAAAAGGGACGCAAGAGUAGGGAAAAAAAAGAGGGGCACCUUUAUACAGUCAUAAAGGUUGCACAAAAUGCUGAUCUGAUUAAGCAGAUUGGGAGAGAGAUUUAUUUUGGUCUUGUCGAUUAUGCUAAAGUUCAGAGCUUCCAUAUUCAAAACCAAUUGCCUUUUUUCCGUUUCAAGGAAGAGGUUGCUGAAGUGUGUAAAAUUCCAGUGCCAUGCCAGCGGUUUUGGCUGUGGGCCAUGGGUCAAGAUGGUACUUAUCGUACAAGAAGGCCUUUGACUUGUCAGGAAGAGCAACAAUCUUUGGGACAGUUAAGGGAGCUUUCAAAUGAAUUCUAUAAUGUAGAACUUAAAUUAUUCUUGGAAGUGGAGCUUGACCAGGAUUUGCAUCCUGUUCCUCUACCGGACAAGACAGAACACGAUAUUUUGCUGUUCUUCAAGCUAUAUGACCCAGAGAAAGAAGAGAUCCGGUAUGUUGGAAGGCUUAUUGUUGAGGGUACUGGUAUGCCUGUGGAUAUUCUAACAAAGCUAAAUAAAAUGGCUGGCUUUGCCUCUAAUGUAGAAAUUGAACUUUAUGAGGAAAUUAAGUUUGAAUAUAGUGUCAAGUGUAAACACAUUGACAAGAAACUCUCUUUUCAAUCUAGCCAGAUUAAAGAUGGGGCCAUUAUUUGUUUUCAAAUGUUUCCUCCUUUUGACAGUUUUAGACAGUGCCAAUAUCCUGAUGUUCCAUCAUUUUUGGAAUAUGUACAUAAUGUUCAGGGUGUUCAUUUCCUAUCUCUGAGGCAUCCAAAUGAUGAUAUUUAUCUGAAGCUGUCAAAGCUGAGCACAUAUGAUGAUAUUGUCCAAAGACUUGCCCCCAAAAUUAAGUUGGAUGAUCCAUCCAAAAUUAGACUUGCAUCCUACAAAAGUUUCUCUGAGCAGCCACAUCUCGAACCAUUUGACUACCAUGCUGGGCAACAUUUAUCAGACAUGCUGGACUGUUUGGAGGAGACUUCUGAUAUCUUGUAUUAUGAAGUAUUGAAGAAACUGGAACUUGCUUUCCAUUCAACCGUAAAGUCUGAGGUGGUCAUUCAUAGUAUAAGAUUUCCCAUAGAGAGCACAGUUGCAGAUUUACUUGUUGACCUAGGAACUAAGGUUGAGCUGUCUAGUCCCAAUGCAAAACUCAGAUUACUUGAUGUUUCUGAUCACAAGAUCUCUGCGAUCUUUCUCCUGGAUCAAACUCUAGAGUGCAUAAAUGAUAAGUUGCAGUUGCGAGUUGAGGAGAUUCCUGAAGAGGAGAAACAUUGUGGUCCCCAGAAUUGCUUGAUUCGUGUUUACCACUUCACAAAAGAUACCUCCCAAAACCUGGUGGUACAAAAUUUUGGAGACCCCUUUUUGUUGAUCAUUCACAAAGCUGAGACUUUAGCCAAAAUUAAAGUGCAUAUACAGAAGAAGGUGCAGGUUCCUGGCGAGGAGUUUGUUAAGGUAUCUUUUUUGUUCCUUUUUUUUUACUUGCUUUUUAUUUGUGGGAAUAUGUCUUAUGGAUGCCAAUCCAGAUCUUUUGGCUGUAUAGGCUAUGUUAUCUUUCUGCGUGUCCUGUACCCCGUUAGUGAUGGGACUAACAGGGGCCAUGAAAGAUGGAAGUUUGCAGUUUUUUUACUGGGUUGUCCUAAGUAUCUUGAAGAUUCUGACAUUGUAUCCAAUCAUUUUCAGACAGAAGAUAUAUGUGGAGAUAGGGUGCCGUAUCUUGGAUUGGAGCACUCUGACAGCACUAGUGGAACCGGAAUUACGGAGGUGGAUGCAGUAGGCAGCACUAGGGCAACCAUAAUUUCAGAGGCGAACGCAGUAGCCUCCAUGGACAUGGAAGGGAUGGAGGGACUUCCAAAAAGAAAAGAGGAAAUGGGCACACUAAAGAAGAAAAGAACUCGCAGGAGAUUUAGGCCCUGGAUACCCUGUGGUUGUCAACUGCCAUGCUUUAAGUUAUAG